AUUUCUACAACCGUUAGCUAUCUCUACCCACUCCCUGUUUGGUUCCCGAGAAAAUAAUUGGAAGUUAAAGCAAAGAAAUGAAAACAACAGAAGAAGAAACGAGAUGUUUCCUGUCGCUUUGCUAUGUGAAGAAAUGAAAAGGUCAACGUUUUUGAGACAAACCGAAAAAGAAAAGAACAUAGUUGAAAUUUUGUGGGCUUAUCCACUCGUAAUCCAAUGGAUAAAUACUGUGAUUAUGCAUCAUUAGAUGCUGUGAUUAUUCCCAUAAUAGCACUUCGGUCUAAUUUUUUCCAUUUGUAGUUUAGCUCAAUCGUAUAAUAAGCUUGCUUCUGUUUACUUCCUUUUACAGAUUGGUUUGACUUUAAAAAGAUAUGGAAGACGUCGUUAUAUCUUCAGCUCUUGAGCUAAAUUAUGAAGUUAAUUGUUUUUUUAGAUUUUUAAAUGUUCUACAUAAAAUAUUUGGUUGUUUAUAAAGAGCGCUACUUACAUGGCACUGCCAUAGUUAUAUACAAUAUUAAAUUAUUAAUAUGUGGAUGUUAUCAUGUUAUGUGGUUUCCACACGGCCUUAGUGGGGUUAACUUGUAUGAACACGGUCCAGAACCUUCUGUCUCAAAAAUUGUAGGGACAAAUACUGCAGGAGGGUAUGAUGGUCACCUGUGCACGGGAUGGAAAUGAGUGAUACAUGGGGCGUGACAACUAAACUGUCACAUAAACUGUCACACCACACUCAUAUCCUACUUUUAUUUUAUCCCAUUAUGAUCUUUAUAUUUCUUCUAUAAAAAAAAUAAAGGAUCAUCCAAGACUGAUAAGAUGCAGGUAUGGUGUAUAGAAUUUUCAUACAUAAAAUAGUCAAAGAGUUUGUAUAGGUAGGUUCAAGUUCCUUUCAGUACUUUUAGUCCAUUGAUAUAAACAAACUUUAAUGGGCUCAAAUUGAAUGAUUUUCUUUCAUUUCGUUCUCAUUCUUGAUAUGUGACCGUGACUCUUUUGUAUACAUCUUUUGAACUUUGGUAGCGCCUUUUUGCGCUUUGUACUGAAGUUUCACUGCUUAUCGGAGAAAGUAUCAUGACUCAACCAGGAGUUGGGAGUUUAUUGAGCGUUGAGAACAUUUCGAAAUGCAUGGUAUGAGUAUCAGUCAUAGACAGGGCCAGCCCAACGCUUGCUAACCAAGCCGAACACUUCAUGUCAGUGCUUUGUUAGUAUGCAAAACAAUAGAGUACCACAUUUCGUUUUAGUUUGCUUGACAUUUCCCAAAUUCACUUGGGGUUUAUACAUGGCUUCUUAAAGUUUUACAGCUCCUCGAGCCUUUUUUUUCCAGUGAUUAAUCAAGCUCUGAUGGGCCUUAACUUUCCCAAAGACAUGAGACUUUCUAAUUGCUGUUCUGCAUUUUGUGUACUAGGUAACAGAGUUCCUAAGAUUCUCUGGGCCUGCCUACAUCUUGCAUAAUUCCGUAGUUAAAUGUUAUACUCAAGCAAAGCAUUUCCAAUGAAAUUGUUCUUAAUCUUUUUCCUUUAAAGCAUAUUGGAAGCAAUUAAAAUGCACAUUACACAUACAAGUCCAAUGGUCCCGAGUCUAGCAGGUAUUUUGGCAGGUCCCAAGGUUGAAAUGCUUCAAUUAGAUCUAUUCGAAAUAGCCAUGUUCCCAACAGUAUAGGGCUUGUAUGCAGUAUGUCCAUUCAUUUAGAAAAAGCGGCAUGAAAUGAGGAGAAUAUGUCACAGUCAUUGUUCAAGUGCAGCAUAGAUGGUGAAAGGAAACAACAAUGAAGACAGUGAUGGCAAGAAAUUACCCAACGUAGCAGUAAUUGCACCAAAUGUCCCUGCAAUUUAUGAAGCUCAUUUUGGAGUUCCAAUGGCUGGGGCUGUUCUUAAUGCUGUUAAUAUUCGUCUAAAUGCAUCGACCAUUGCUUUCCUUCUUGGUCAUUCAUCAGCUGCAGUUGUGAUGGUUGAUCAAGAGUUUUUUGUUUUAGCAGAGGAAGCAUUAAAAAUCUUAAAGGAGAAAAACAGAAGUUUCAAGCCUCCAAUUUUAGUUGUCAUAGGUGAUGAAAACUGUGACCCUAAUGCGCUCAAAUAUGCUUUGCAAAAAGGGGCCAUUGAAUACGAGAAAUUCCUGGAAACUGGCGACCCUGAUUUUGCUUGGAAACCACCAGAGGAUGAGUGGCAGAGCAUUGCUUUGGGCUAUACAUCUGGUACUACAGCUAGUCCUAAGGGGGUGGUGUUGAGUCACCGAGGGGCAUAUGUCAUGUCUUUGAGUAAUCCUAUUAUCUGGGGUAUGAAUGAAGGAGCCGUGUACCUGUGGACCCUACCCAUGUUUCAUUGUAAUGGUUGGUGUUUCCCUUGGUCUCUUGCAGCUCUUAGUGUGACAAGCAUAUGCCUUCGCCAGGUUUCAGCUAAAGCAGUCUACUCAGCCAUAGCAAACCAUGGUGUGACUCAUUUUUGUGCUGCACCUGUGGUGCUCAACACCAUAGUUCAUGCCUCACCCGAAGAAACUAUCCUUCCCCUUCCUCAUGUUGUUCAUGUAAUGACGGCUGGUGCAGCUCCUCCCCCCUCUGUUCUCUUCGCAAUGUCUCAGAAAGGCUUCCGUAUCACCCACACUUAUGGUCUCUCAGAAACCUAUGGCCCCUCCACUCUAUGUGCAUGGAAGCCUGAAUGGGACUCACUGCCCCCUGAAACCCAAGCCCGUCUCAAUGCACGCCAAGGUGUCCGAUAUGUUGGUUUGGAAGGCUUAGAUGUUGUCAACCCUCGGACCAUGCAACCUGUUCCUGCUGAUGGAACUACCAUUGGGGAGAUAGUAUUUCGAGGUAACCCUGUGAUGAAGGGCUACUUAAAGAACCCAAAAGCAAAUGAGGAGGCUUUCGCAAAUGGGUGGUACCAUUCAGGUGAUCUAGCAGUAAAGCACCCAGAUGGAUACAUAGAAAUCAAAGACAGGUCAAAAGACAUCAUAAUAUCUGGAGGCGAAAACAUCAGUAGCUUGGAGGUAGAAAAUAGUCUAUACUUGCACCCGGCCAUUUUGGAGGUAUCAGUGGUGGCAAGGCCAGACGAGCAGUGGGGUGAGUCUCCUUGUGCUUUUGUGACAUUAAAGCCUGGUAUUGAUACAUCUGAUGAGCAGCUGUUGGUGGAAGAUAUAGUGAAAUUCUGUCGGUCUAAGAUGCCUGCUUAUUGGGUUCCAAAAUCUGUGGUUUUUGGACCAUUGCCAAAGACAGCUACUGGGAAAGUACAGAAGCAUUUGCUGAGAGCCAAGGCGAAAGAGAUGGGGCCGAUGCCAAAGAGUAAGUUGUAACUGAAACAUGGUCACUGGAAAAAGGGGUACUGGGGAAGAAAGAAAAUAAACAAUAGGAUAAAAUAAAUAAACGAUAGGAUAAAAUAGUCCUGCUUCUGAAUGCUUAAUAUGACGUAUAGUUGGUCUCUUUAGAAGGCUUGUACUCGAUCCAUAUAUGCUUUUUGAAUGGCACUGGGUGUCCGAAAAUAGUGUUCCGACUAAUCCCAAGGGAUGGUUGAAUCCUACUUUACAUUCAAACUAUAUUUCCCUUCUAUUAUCUA